AUGGCCUCCAUGGAAGACAUGAACAUGAGUGGGGAAAUUGCACUUCCAGGGUUCCGAUUCCACCCUACAGAGGAAGAGCUUCUCGAUUUCUACCUUAAAAACAUGGUUGUCGGAAAGAAACUCCGUUACGACGUUAUUGGUUUCCUCAACAUCUAUCACCAUGAUCCUUGGGACUUGCCUGGUUUGGCUAAGGUUGGGGAAAGAGAAUGGUACUUCUUCGUGCCGAGGGACAAAAAACAUGGGAGCGGGGGAAGACCAAACCGGACCACUGAAAAAGGAUUUUGGAAAGCCACCGGUUCAGACCGGAAAAUAGUGACUUUGUCUGAUCCGAAGCGCAUAAUCGGGUUAAGGAAGACCCUCGUUUUCUAUCUGGGAAGAGCCCCCAGUGGACGCAAGACCGAUUGGGUCAUGAACGAGUACCGUUUACCUGACAAUUGCAAAUUACCCAAGGAAAUAGUGUUGUGCAAGAUAUAUCGAAAGGCAACUUCGUUGAAAGUUCUGGAGCAAAGGGCAGCAGAAGAGGAAGAGAGAGAGAUGAAGCAAAUGGUUGGUUCCCCUGCGUCUACACCUUCCUCCACGGACACCAUGUCCUUUAGCAGCCCACAGGAAGAGCAAAACGUGCCCUUGUUGGAACAUGUUCUUAAGAAAGAGUCUGAAUCUGAAGAAGUGGCAUUUGUGUCUAACAUGACAGUGCCUAAACAAGAAAUAGCAAGCACUCAAUUGGGUUUGAAAGACAACAAAGGCACUUGUGGCACGUCACUGCAAAUGCCCUUUGGGAAGGACAAACUUCCUGAUUUGCAGCUUCCCAUGCUCACAGAUUGGACCCAAGAUACCUUUUGGGCUCAGUUGAAUAGUCCAUGGCUCCAAAACUUUACUCCUUCCAACAUCUUAAACUUCUACUGA